GUCGUAGACAUUGUGAUGAAUUUAAUCAGCCGAAAGAAAAGGGAAGAAGAAAAAAAGAAAAAAGAAAAAACCCGAGUUGAAAGCUAACGUCUCACGGGAAUAUCACGAAGAGCACAGCGUGGGGUAAACUUUGUGCUCUCAGGCCGAUCGCGGGGUUCUGGCCUGCCAUGUCUCAGGGAGCAGUCAGGGCCCACAGGGUUGGUCUCGACAUCCAGGUCGCGCUAGCCAAGUACCUGAACUACUGCGCCGUACAGCUACUUACAGGGCUGUCCCAACUCCUGACCCCUGCUUGGGAGAGGUACGCAACACGCUAAAGCGCCUCAAUCCAAGCCUGACGACGUCCCAUCCAUACUACUACCUACUUACAUAGUAGUAUGUACAGAACGUCUUCGCAUCGCGGAUUAGAUGCUAUAUAACCAGCCCAAAUUCGACUCCCUCCAAACCCUGGUGAUCCUUCAGACUGCGCUCAUUAUUACUACCGGGUAGUUUCGACCUAGCAAGCAGUUGCGGAUUCAAAAUGCCCCAAGAUCCAAACCUAUAUGGCCAACGGCCUUCGAAGAAACAAAAGACAGAGAUUCCGCUCUCAAGCUCUCUGGCCUUCGCAUCACAGCUCAACUCGUUGAUGUCGGCGCCCUCAGCCGUGUCUUCUGCAUCCUCAGUCGGGUCGUCUUCAGGGCGUCCGCGUCCCUCCAAAACCAAAGAUGACAUAUUCUCAUCUAUCAAAGCAAAGCGGAAGCCGGGACCGUCCUUGUCUCGAAACGACGAGAGCAGCACAACCAAGUCGAAUGAUAGCAAGAUUAAGCUCAAACACGUGCACAACACUGAGGAAGAGAAGAAAGACUUCGCGCGUGCCCGGCGUAAGAUGGAGGAGAAGGCGCGCUUGUAUGCGGCCAUGAAGCGCGGCGACUACAUCGCCAAGGAGAACGAAGCCGCUCCCCUCGUAGACUUCGAUAGAAAGUGGGCAGAAAAACACCCGGAAGACGAUGGUAACGAGCGCUACUCGAGCUCCGGCAGCGACAACGAAUCCUCAGAUGAUGAAGGCGCAACACGAGGGACAGAGUUGGUAGAAUACCAGGACGAGUUCGGACGCACGCGCACAGGCACACGGGCAGAAGUAGACCAAAUACGCCGCCGCGCAGCACGCUCAGCGCUAGGUGCUGCCGAGCUGGAGGACAUGGCCGCGAUGCCGACGGCGCGGCCGCAGAACUUAAUCUUCGGGGACGCAAUCCAGACCGCGGCGUUCAACCCAGAGGCCUCGACGCUCGACGCCAUGGCGUCUCUCGCAGCGAAGCGCGACCGCGAGCCCACGCCGCCGCCCGACACGCACUUUGACGGACGCGCGGAGAUCCGCACAAAGGGCACCGGGUUCUACCAGUUCUCGCAGGAGGGGGAGGCGCGGAAGGCGGAGAUGGCGAGUCUGGCGGCCGAGAGGGCGAAUACGGAGCGCGUCCGACGCGAGCGCGAGGCGGAGAAGGAGAAGAGACGGAGAGAGAUCGAGGAGAGGAGGAAGAAGAUCGGGGCGAGGCGCGCCGAGAAACUUGCCGAUAAUUUCUUGGAUGGGCUGGCUGGUGAGAUGAUAGGGAGUGGGAAAGGGGGUGAGAAAGGGGAUGACGGAGUGGGGGCAUCGAAAGACGCUGAUACCAACGGUUGAUACUCCGACUUUAAUGGAUUAUAUGCCUACCUUCACAUAUAUUUCUACGCAUUAUAUCCAACCUGAACAGAUCGAGCAUGCAACUUGUUAAGGC